UACGGAAGAGAUCCUGACCGACAAUGGGGCUGAAUUCAGGGGAGAAGUGCUAAGGAAUCUGGUCUUACAUGGCGUCGCCAUACGGAAUACUGCACCCCACAUGUCGCAAUCCAAUGGGCUGGUGGAAAACGAGAACAUGGUGAUAAAGACGGCAUUGCGGCGGAAUAUCGUGGCACGAGAUCCGAGGCCCUGGCCCGAUAUCGUCGACCACAUCAUAGCGGUCCAUCGCGGUACACCUCAUGAAUCGAUGGGGCUAAGCCCCUUCCAAUUGAGGACCAAUAGCGUCGCUUGCGUUUCGAUACCAAGCCUACCGGAUGAAUCCACACUGAACCGACGACCCACCAGGGCCACGGCUCGGGACAAGGCCAAACGACACUUGGAACUAAUGGAACGGCCUUUGCCCAGGCUAGCCCGAAAACGGCACAGGAUGACCGAAUUGGCCCAAGGCCGACAGGUCCGAAGCUACGAGGCUCGGAAUGGGAACGCAGGACCACGGCCCCAGUACAAAUUGGGGGAUAUCGUGCAGUCUGCGCGAGCUCCUACUCUCUCCUACCGUGUGAAGGAAAACAGUGCGCCGCUAUUGAGUGAGGAAAAGUGGGACACGUGGUGGGAAGACUAUAUCGAACUCGCUUUCUGUCUAUUGGAGAUAGAGUUCCGUUGGUCAGAAGCGGCCCCGUUCGGAGAAGGUCCAGAGCACCCAGAGGACAACGUGGAGCUUUUGAUCAUCCAAGCCUGGAGAACGGCGGAGCAAGGUGACCUGCUGGGAAUUGUAUUCGGAAAGGUGGAGGAAGGUAAUCUCGCCUUGAUCACGGACGAAUUGCUGGUAUUUCUGACUCAGCUGGUGGACGAUCUGCCCCUGGACAUCUUGUCGCACAGUGACAAGCCGCCCGGCACCCACGUGGCUCCCUACCUGGAGAUCGACGUUACCGAUCUCACAUUUUGGGACCCGAUUGUGAGGCAAAACGCGGCGCAGGACGAGGAGAUAGGGGGAGCAGACAAAGAGGAGGAAGAGGAAAAGCAAUCGAGCGAAGAACGAGACGAUUCAGACUACGUACCGGAAAGCGAAGCAGGGAUAGCCGACGAAUCGAGCCGACCGCGGGACGAGGAAGAAGAAGAAGGAAACGAGCAAGCGGAGUCGGAGUACGAAGGAUUCGAGGUUGAAGUGCGCGACACGGAUCGAGAAAGAGCGCAAGAGCACAGAAAACGAGGGCGCCAGGAGACCGCGGAGGGAAAACGACCCGCGACAAAUGAUCCAUCGAUCGGGGACCUGUGGCGUGAUACGGAGCCACCAGAAGAAGAGGACGAUGGAACCGCAGCAGAGGGAUCACGAAGCAGAAGAAGAAGAAGUGAAUCGCCAGUUCCCUCCGGCUCCCCGUCCCGAUCCUCCAUUCGUUUACAUCAAGAUCUCGGCGUUCGGGCGUCGUCCCCGGUCGUUCUCUCGCCGACCCCGUGACUACCUCAUGCUUACCCGUCUUCCCGAUA